ACGCAUUAAACUUCGCGCCGUUAAAAAGACUGGCAAGGCUUGGAGUGUAAACAAUACCCUCUGCCUGCUGGAAGCUAUAGCCAACCGAGUAUGCCUAAUUUUACGUGUGCCGUGGCUGACUGCACGUCAGAUAGCAGAAAAGGAAAAGAAAGACGAAACAAGCAACUGAAGAGGUGAAAGGAUUUGUCAGAUUUCCAAGUGAUAAGAAGGAACCCAGAAGACGGAAGAUGUGGGAGGAGAGAUGCAGGCGAGCUGGUGGUUGGAAAGCAACAGUGAAUCAUGCUGUAUGCUCCUUGCACUUCGUAGAAUGGAACAAUGGACCAUCAGCAGAACAUCCAGACCCAGUUUUGUUUGCUUAUAUCGGGUGGGGAAGGAAUUACAGUGCAACAUGCAAACAUUGUGCCCUGAAGAAGAGGUGCUACCCCAAGAUGUCCAAGACUGGGUAGAGGUGGAAGUAUGCACUACCACAGACGAUUCAGGUACUACAGUUCCUGAUGUGAGCUGCACUAUUUUGGGUGACCACACAUAUGGAGCUUGUACCCAAAGUGAAACUGCUGCAGACCCAGUAGAUGUGGAGGUGCAGACUGAUCAGUGUACAACACUUGAAAAAGCUUCACAAACUCAUGAGUGUGAAUGCAACAAUGCUGGAGAAGACGGAGCAUUACACAACGCCUUCAUUCAGAAAAUUCUCAGCAACACCAACAGCAUUAAGAGAUAUACAGGCAUGCAAAAAAAGGAUUUUUAUUAUUUGUUUAACUUGAUCAAAGAAAAUUUAACAGACAUACACUAUUGGAGACGGCCAAAUAAGGUCAAGAAAGAGAAUAUACCACCAAAGAAUAGUAAAGCAUCUACAAAUAGCAAAUUGUCAUGGUUUCAUGAAUAUUUAAUGACCCUAGUACACAUCAGAACAGGAUAUGAUGUAACUACGUUAGGGGAUCUUUUUGAAGUUUCACUAAAUGUUGCAAGUAGCAUUAUAAUAACUUGGAUUAAUGUCCUUUAUUUAGUCAUGAAGGACUGGCUGAUAUGGCCAACUGCAGCACAGGUGCGUGCAAGUUUGCCUGAUGAUUUUCCGAAAGAAUAUUCAGACACACGAACAAUCCUAGACUGCACCGAAAUGUUUACAGUAAAGCCCACUAAUCCUUCAGCUCAGGCUGCUACUCCGAAAGAAUAUUCAGAUACACGAACAAUCCUAGACUGCACCAAAAUGUUUACAGUAAACCCCACUAAUCCUUCAGUUCAAGCUGCUACAUAUUCACAAUAUACCAAUACACCAAUCGAUGUGGCUCCUUAUGGAUCAGAUUGUGUUGAUAGUUGCAAUACUAUGCAAUAUGAUGCCUCCACUUGUGUAGAUCUACCCCCACACUCUCUACUAUGUAAUUCAAAAGGACAUGUAAAGAUAAUAGUUUUUGUAGAAAUGUUUAUUAAUAAAUAUAUAAGAAAUGUUUAUUAAUAAAUAUAUAAGAAUCAAUGUGGUAUGGUAAAUAAUUAUUGAAAUUGAAUUACACAGACUUUAUUGCUAGAAAAAAAUACAUUCAGAUAUGGCAAUAAUGUAUAUUUGACUAGUAUUUAGAACUAAAAACAAACCAAAGACACACGACUCGUGCAAAUACAACACUGUACAAACAACUGUGCAGACAACAGGCACACAUGAGGCAGAAACAAAUAUGCAAUCACUAAGAAAAGAUC